ACCAACUCCUCCCCGACUACUUCCAUUCCAUCAAUCAUCCUUGCUUUGACUCACCGUUUUUCCACCCAUCAAGCCCUCUGUGAGCUGUUCGACAGGCGGACAGAGAUAUCUUCGGCCUUGACAUCAGUUAUUGGAACCGUCUCAUGUUCAUGGCCUUGGUCAAUCGCUGGUAGACCAGCUGCAUUGGCUGCGGCCAAACCCCGCAGCACAACCUACCCGCCGCCGACGGUGCAACGGAGAGGUUGAGUUAUCUCAUCCUGACCCCCGUCAUCACAUACAACACCAUCCCUUCACAUCAGCUGCCUUUCGAACCACCUCGUCCGUCUUACCUCACCUUCUCGUGCCUGCCUUUCAUCGCCAUGCACUCGCCAUACGGGUGAUUAGGCCUCCCCUGACAAUCGUCUUAUUCCACCGAGAAUAGAAUGUCCUUUGAGAGGGAAUCAGAACAAACUCCUGCCGUUUUGUCUCCCCAAUAUGCUACCACGACCGAUACUCCUACCUCAGACCCCCACAGAACAAUGUCCCCGUCUUCCUCGAGAGACUCCAUCAUCGGCCGCAUACAGAUACACUCGACACAAAUUCCGAAGGCGUGGAUCUCCCCCAUCUGUGGAGCCGGUGCCGGUUUUGCUUCCGGCAUUGUCACUUGCCCCCUAGAUGUGAUCAAGACCAAGCUGCAAGCACAGGGCGGCUUCGCUACAAGGCACGGACCCUAUUCACCUUCGACACAGCCCUACAAGGGCAUUAUUGGAACUGGUCGCGUGAUAUGGCAAGAAGAAGGAAUCCGUGGCAUGUACCGGGGCCUAGGUCCGAUGCUGAUGGGAUACCUUCCUACAUGGGCCGUCUAUCUGACUGUCUAUGAAAACUCACGAGACUUUUGGUACGAUCAGUGCGAGAGCUGGUGGUUAGCAAGAUGCUACUCAUCUUUGACCGCCGGUGCUUGCUCGACUAUCCUCACAAACCCUAUCUGGGUAAUCAAAACGCGCCUCAUGUCGCAGAGCUCCAAAGCAAAGUCCGCUAGCGACGGAAUGCGCGCCCCUUGGCAUUACACAUCAACUCUGGAUGCUGCCAGAAAAAUGUAUCACAAUGAGGGGAUGAAAUCCUUUUACUCGGGCCUGACCCCGGCCCUUCUAGGCCUUACCCACGUGGCUGUCCAGUUCCCUCUUUAUGAGUAUUUCAAAAUGAAAUUCACCGGGUAUGGUAUGGGAGAUCACCCACCCGAGGACAGUGGUGCCAACUGGGUGGGGAUAAGUGCGGCAACAUUCCUGAGCAAAAUCUGCGCUAGUACAGCGACGUAUCCUCAUGAAGUACUUCGAACAAGGCUGCAGACACAGCAACGAAGAGGCCUGUCAACUUCUGAUGGCCUGGCUGUCAAAGCUCGCUACUCGGGAAUCCUGCACAUGUGCCGACUCAUUCUGCAAGAGGAAGGAUGGCGAGCAUUCUAUGCCGGUAUCGGAACUAAUCUAAUUCGCGCCGUCCCGGCAGCCAUGACAACCAUGCUCACCUACGAAUGGUUACAGAAAACCAUACAUAAUGCCCAAGAAGCUGGAACAGCGUUGAGUACAAGCUGAUCUUUCUGUUUACCCAGAUUGGGGCAGCAUAUUGCAGAUAUCAAUUGCACACCUUGCACUCUUCCGGCUCAGAAGCUUGGCACAUAUCUUACCACGAUGCAUGUUGAACAGCAACCGGGCCUAACGCCCUGGAGUGCCAUGGCCGCGUCACAGGUGGUUGUAAAGUAGUGUUUUGACAGCCCUGCAGAUAGUCAGGGUGGCGGCAGACAGGACUCCCGCGAACAGAAAUGACGAGUGCAACUGAAAGCAUGCAUGUCAGGCAGUCAGGCUUUGGGAGCAUUGUCCUUGAUUGCACGAUCGAUAGGCACGACAGGGACAAAGGAGUGGAAAGAAUUCACGUUGAGUGGCGUAGACGGCCAUGAAGAAGGGCAAGUCGCCUGCUCUGGGAGGAGACUCAGUGAUGAGCAUCAUCUGCUUAGAAUCGAGUUGUGAUAUUCAAGCACUGCUUUGCAUUGCCAUCGCCAUCGCCAACGAUAUUAGCCUCGUUUUCAGCUGAACGAAUUGUGAGAUAUCCAAUGUUCGAUUAUAGCAACAUCUCUAUCGGUAACUCAUGCAUGAC